AUGGGCGAUGAACGAGGCCGUCGCAUUGACGAUGCCCUGUCGCAUCUGGUCGACAAUCUCGUGCCGGUGUCGGAUGACGAGAAUGAGGACGUUGCAGACGCCAGACAUGACCAAGCCGUAGACCUUGCAAGGAAUAUCAUUGAAGGUCACAAUGCGACUUCGACAACGUCAGAUGUUCAGCAUGCCGCUGAUUUGAUCAAGAAGAAGCUCCUGCGCGAGAACGACUCCCCUGAUAAAGCCGUGCAAUUCUCAAAUCUCUAUACCCGCCUCUUAUCACAGCCAGUCAUCAAGAACAAAUGGGAAACGUUAUAUUUAUUGCAUCAAUUGGCGGGGUCUGGUGCGGAUGAAAGUUUUGUCGAGUCCGAGCAAGGCAGUGGAGCUGUAGAGCAUCGCGGACUGUCAAUUCGUCCGAGUGAUUUCGAUGAUCAGACGUAUCGAGAUGCUUUUGCAACAACAGGUCUGCCCAAGCCGUCCAAACAGGCAAGACAAACAAGUCAACCCAACCACUUUGACGGCAGAUUCAGCAGAGAAGCCUCCUCGGCGGCUGUCAAGGAUAUUCCUGAGGCGAACGAAGAUGGCGAACCGACGGCGAUAUUCAGCACAAAUGGGCCGUCAGAAGCUGCAUUACUGCGAGAUCUCCCAUUUACGUUACAGGGUCUUUCCACCACCAACAUGCCCCUAUCUGCCCAACACACACUCAUACUUCCACCUACUCUACCUUUGCCUGUCAUAUAUCUGCUGCACGAUCUCGCUGAACCUUCUCUCCUUUACCAUAGCUUGUCUGAAUUCGUUGAGUCGAAAGAUGAAAGCUUAAUUGGUCAAAGUCUACGUUCUGCAUUUCAAAGCGAGUUGCGCUCUUAUCUUGGUCUCAUCACAUCGUUAGAAACCCAGAUACGGCAGGCUCUCUCUUCAGCGCAAUUGAAGGAGGGAGAAAAUGGCCCUCGAAAAAUUGGUGUCACACUUAAGAGAUGUGUUCUAUGGACUAGGGAAGCAACUAUGGCGUUACGAUUGAUGAGUCUGAUGGUCGAAGAAUCGAAGACAAGGAAGGGAGGGCAAUUGAUCUCAAUGAUACACAGCUUUUCCACUUCACACGGCGACCCUUUUGUGGGCGCUUUCGCUGAGCGGCUACUUACCCACGUGACACGACCGUUUUACGACAUGCUACGAUCAUGGAUAUACGACGGUGAGUUGUCAGAUCCUUAUCAUGAGUUCUUCGUCAUCGAGCAGGGACCUAGCGAUCCAGGCGACGAUUCAAAGAGAGCCCCUGCUACAAGUGUUUGGGAGGAGAAGUAUCGACAGGACGACACAACCAUUCCCACCAUAAUCACGGACGAAUUCGCUCGAAAGAUCUUUCUUAUUGGCAAAAGCUUGAAUUUCAUCCGUUACAGUUGCGGAGACUCUGCUUGGGUAGAGGCGUACUCAAAGGACGCCUCACGGGAAUUAAAAUACGGAGACACUGCGACAUUAGAGAGUUCCAUAGACCAGGCAUACAGGACGACAAUGGCUCGUUUGACUCAUCUCAUGGAUACCAAAUUUCAGCUGUUUGAACACCUGAGCGCUCUGAAGCGAUAUCUGCUGCUUGGCCAAGGUGACUUCAUUGCCCUACUUAUGGAAUCUCUGUCGAGUAAUUUGGACAGACCAGCAGGAUCUCAAUACAGACAUAUGCUCACAGCCCAGCUUGAGCAUGCAAUCAGAGGUUCCAAUGCUCAGUACGACCCACCUGAUAUCCUUCGCCGUUUAGACGCACGAUUGACUGAGAUGGAAAAGGGGGACACUGGAUGGGAUGUCUUCACGCUUGAAUAUAAGGUUGAUGCUCCUGUGGACGUCAUUAUCACGCCUUGGGCCAAUCGCCAGUAUCUCAAAAUCUUCAAUCUCCUCUGGCGUGUGAAACGUGUGGAAUUUGCUUUGGGCAGUACCUGGCGCAGAUGUAUGACGGGCGCUCGAGGAGUGUUGGCCUCUGUGGGUGAAGAUAUGAGAAAGGACUGGAAGAAAGCCCGCUGUGCCAUCGCUGAGAUGGUCCACUUCGUGGACCAACUUCAAUACUACAUUCUGUUCGAGGUCAUCGAAGCAUCUUGGGAUAUUCUCCACGCCGCAAUCUCCAAGCCUGGCUGUACACUUGACGACCUAAUAUCAGCGCACAGUCGCUAUUUACGAUCAAUCACACAUAAAGGUCUGCUUGGUUCUGUCCGAGUUACAAGCUCCGGCCACAAAGAAGACGUUUUCACGGUCCAGUUGCACGAGAUCCUCAAAUUAAUACUCUCGUAUAAAGAGGCUGUGGAUGGCCUCUACUCUUUCAGCGUCGCCGAUUUUACGAGGAAGCAAGAACUUGCUGCGAAAAUUGAGACGAGGACGGCGCAGGGGAGAUGGGGUCUCACCGAGAAGGACGAAGACGAGCUCAACUCCCCGCAUCCGCACCUUCACAAAACCAAAACGUCCGGCCGUACUGCUGCUACUGGUAGCGGGACCGACUCCCCCUUUCCGAUCACCACAAACCCUCUCUCCGCCCUGCCGCCGGACGAGAAAAGCAUGCUUCCUGCGCUGCGAACGCGCUUGAGCUCCCUUUCCGCGGAUUUCAAAGUCAGGAUCAACAACCUCUUGGGUGAUUUAGCGGUCCAACCAGAUGUUGACAUGAAGUUCCUCGCCAUGGUGAUGAACUUUAAUGAUGUGUAUCAGCCGCGGAAGAGACGACGGCAUGGUACCACUGUCACAGGGGCGGCAGAGAAGAAAACACCCGCGCCCGCAAAUGCUAGUGAGAAUGUAGGCAAUACUACUGAGAAGAAAAAGGAAUCUGAAGGGCUGAAGCCACCGGUAAACGCACGGAGAGGGAAAUGA